AUGGAAGAUGAUGUCAUAAAAAUAUAUAUGGCGAUAGUAGAAAGUAGUGAAAAAGAAUUAGCAACAGAAAAAAAUGAAAAACAGGAUGAUAAAGAACAAACCAACUUAUCCAAUUUCAAACAACAUCUUUUGUUAGAAGUCUUAGAAAGAAGAAAAGUUAUCUACACAAUUGAAGUCCACAGAUUUAACCUAAUAGCAUCAGAACCAAGACAAUUAUUAGUAUUAAGAGAUUGGGUAAUUACAGAAGCAAAGCAAAAAUUAGUGAGAAGGGAGCACUUAUACGAUACCUGA